GGAUCAAUAGUGUGCCAUUCAUUUUUAAUUGUUAUUAUCCCUCUUGAUUUUACACCUAUAUAAAACAUUCAUAAAUCUGGAUUCAGAUCCGGACCGUCCUUGACUUUACUGGACUCAGAUCCGGACUGUCCUUGACUUCACUGUCUCCCCACGCUGUUGCCGUUCCCACCCGUGUUCCAGUGCAAGCGUGUCAGUGUCGGUGAGUGUGGAGAGCUGUGGGGCUGUGCCGGGUGCGCAGAGACUGUGCGCUCCUAGCGGUAGCGCAGUUGAAACUGUAAAGGCAGGAAGACGGAGGAGAGAGGGAUGUUGGACUGACUUGUGACUGUGACAUUUACACUGCUACAAUCCCGGGCUUUCAGCGAGACGUCGGACCUGUUUAGAAUAAAACAACUUUCUGAGAGAAUGCGUCGGAGUUGGAGGCAGGUUCGCAGCCUGCGUAUCCACGGAUCCGUGUGCUGAAGAUUUGAAAGGUGCCAAAGACGCGUCUCAAGUGAAGACAGGAUAUAUGCGCUGAAGAAGCGCACAGGCGUCAGCAGCGACGUUGGUGUUUCCUGUGUGGACUUCUGUGUGACUGACUCUGUAGACCUCAUCCUCACAGAGAGCCUCGUAUUUGACAGUGAAUGAACUCGGACACGAAUUAAAAUUAAAAUAGAGCGCAAGUUUGCAGGAUCCUCACACCCCGGUUGACCUGUGCUCUCCGGUUAAAUGGAUCCUUUCUGUUUUUGGACAGUGAUAGUGGCCGGUGUCAGUAAGUAGCACCUUUCCACAAACUCCCACGAACAGUACGGAAUAGACUCGGGCUGUCACUGUGGACACAUUUUCCGACAGGGACUUGGAGGAUUUGCGCGCCCGCUGUGGAUGUUUUAAUAUGCGAGUAUGGGUCCGCUAGCCUUCAUCCUUGUUGGUGGAUUACUGUAUUUUCAAGCUGAUGGAUCCCGUCUGCGCCAAGAGGACGCCGCACCACGGAUUGUGGAGCACCCAUCUGACCUGAUUGUAUCUAAGGGGGAGCCGGCCACUCUCAACUGUAAAGCUGAGGGUCGGCCGACCCCGACAGUGGAGUGGUACAAAGAUGGAGAGCGAGUGGAAACGGACAAAGAUGACUCACGUUCUCACCGUAUGCUGCUGCCGAGUGGUUCACUUUUCUUCCUGCGCAUUGUUCACGGACGCCGGAGCAAACCUGAUGAGGGAGCCUACGUCUGCGUGGCACGGAACUACCUAGGAGAAGCUGUCAGCCGGAACGCAUCUUUGGAAGUAGCAUUGCUGCGAGAUGACUUCAGACAGAACCCUACAGAUGUCGUGGUGGCAGCAGGAGAGCCAGCAAUUCUGGAGUGUGUUCCUCCCCGAGGCCAUCCAGAACCCACAAUCUACUGGAAAAAAGACAAAGUGCGGAUCGAUGAUAAGGAUGACAGAAUCACUAUUCGAGGAGGAAAACUAAUGAUCUCCAACACAAGAAAGAGCGACGCUGGAAUGUACAUCUGCGUGGGCACCAACAUGGUCGGAGAGCGGGACAGUGAAACGGCACAAGUCACCGUGUUUGAGCGGCCAACCUUCCUCCGUAGGCCAAUCAACCAGGUGGUGCUGGAAGAUGAGCAGGUGGAGUUUCGCUGCCAGGUUCAAGGAGACCCUCAACCAAAUGUGCGCUGGAGAAAAGAUGAUAUAGACGUCCCUCGUGGAAGGUAUGAGAUCAAGUACGACAAGGACGACUACGUGCUGAGGAUGAAGAAGGCUUCUGUUGGCGAUGAGGGCGUGUUCACCUGCGUGGCAGAAAAUCGUGUGGGAAAGCUGGAAGCCUCUGCUACUCUAACAGUUAGAGCUCGCCCCGUGGCUCCACCCCAGUUUGUCAUCCGACCAAGGGACCAAAUCGUGGCUCAGGGCCGCACUGCCACUUUCCCCUGUGAGACCAAAGGAAACCCCCAGCCUGCCGUCUUCUGGCAGAAGGAAGGGAGUCAGAACUUGCUUUUUCCAAACCAACCGCAGCCCAACAGUCGCUUCUCUGUGUCGCCCAGUGGAGAUCUUACCAUCUCAAAUGUGCAGCGGACAGACGCUGGUUACUACAUCUGCCAGGCACUGACAGUGGCGGGGAGCAUCCUCGCCAAGGCUCAACUGGAGGUCACGGAUGUGCUUACUGACAGACCGCCACCCAUCAUUCGCCAAGGCCCAUCUAACCAGACGCUCGGGGUGGACAGCGUGGCACUGUUUAAGUGCCAGGCUUCGGGAGACCCCAUCCCCUCCGUCAGCUGGCUGAAGGAUGGGGACAGUCUUCUGGGAAAGGACGCACGCAUGUCUCUGCAGGAGCUGGGCAGCCUGCAGAUAAAAAACGUUAAGCUUUCAGACUCGGGGAUUUACACAUGUGUUGCCACCAGCUCCAGUGGUGAAACAUCGUGGAGUGCUUUUUUGGAAGUCAAAGAAUCAGUUGGAGUGACUGUCUCCAAAAAUCAGGAUGAAAAUGAACUCCCAGGGCCGCCAUCGAAACCUCAGGUCACUGAUGUCACCAAGAACAGUGUGUCCUUGUCCUGGCAGCAAGGAACUCCUGGAGCUUCACCCGUCUCAUCGUUUGUCAUUGAAGCCUUCAGUCAAUCUGUGAGUAACAGCUGGCAGACGGUCGCAGAUCACAUCAAAACCACACAGUUUACUGUCAAAGGUCUCCGUCCCAACACCAUCUACUUGUUCAUGGUCCGAGCGGUCAACAGCCAGGGCCUCAGUGACCCCAGCCCCAUGUCAGAUCCUGUCAGAACACAAGACAUAAGUCCACCAGCUCAGGGCGUUGACCACAGACACGUCCAGAAGGAGCUUGGCGACGUCAUAGUUCGGCUGCACAACCCAGUCGUCCUGAGCCCCACAACCAUUCAGGUCACAUGGACGGUGGAUCGUCAGUCCCAGUUCAUUCAGGGAUACCGGGUUCUGUACAGACAAACUUCAGGACUGCCCUCUCCCGGACCCUGGCAGACCCAGGAUGUGAAAAUUCCCUCUGAGCGCAGCGUCAUCCUCUCAGGGCUUAAAAAGGGAAUUGUUUAUGAGGUCAAAGUUCGACCUUAUUUUAACGAGUUUCAAGGGAUGGACAGUGAAUCAAGGACGGCACGGACAUCAGAAGAAGCUCCCAGCGCUCCUCCUCAACAGGUAACAGUACUGACCGUGGGAAGCCAGAACAGCACCUCCAUCAGCAUCUCCUGGGACCCCCCUCCAUCAGACCACCAGAACGGCAUCAUCCAGGAGUACAAGAUCUGGUGUCUCGGAAAUGAAACACGCUUCCAUGUAAACAAGACAGUGGACGCAGCCAUACGUUCUGUGGUGGUGGGUGGGCUGCAGGUGGGAGUAUUGUACCGAGUUGAAGUGGCUGCCAGCACAAGUGCGGGGGUUGGAGUCAAAAGUGAACCUCAGUCUAUCAUCAUUGGUAAAGAGUUUCGGGAUGUGAUUAUACACGGGAACCGGAACAACAGUAUCACAGAGCAGAUCACAGAUGUGGUUAAGCAGCCUGCUUUCAUCGCGGGUAUUGGAGGGGCCUGCUGGGUCAUCCUCAUGGGUUUCAGCAUCUGGCUGUACUGGAGAAGAAAGAAGAGGAAGGGACUCAGCAACUAUGCAGUUCAGUCCUUCACCUUCACCCCUGCAGUGACCUUCCAAAGAGUUGACGGUGGUCUGAUGAGCAAUGGAAGUCGACCAGGACUAUUGAACGCCGGUGACCCAGGCUACCCCUGGUUAGCAGACUCUUGGCCAGCCACCAGUUUGCCUGUCAACGGCAGCUCCGGGGGACCCAAUGAUUUGAGUAACUUUGGCCGAGGAGAUCUCCCCACUGCUCCUGCAGAUAAGACUGGCACCAUGCUCUCUGAUGGAGCCAUCUACAGCAGCAUAGACUUCACCACCAAAUCCAACUACAACAGCUCUGGCCAAACUUCCCAGGCCACUCCUUAUGCCACCACUCAGAUUCUCCACUCCAGCAGCAUCCAUGAGCUGGCUGUGGAUCUGCCCGAGGCCCAGUGGAAGGCGUCGCUCCAGGCCAAGCAGGAGAUGACCAACCUCGGCUACUCCCUGCCCGACAAGAAUUCCUGCAACAACACCCUCCUUUUCAUUCCUGACUACCGAUUGGCCGAAGGAUUGUCAAAUAGAAUACCUCACAACCAAUCACAAGAUUUCAGCACCACCAGCUCUCACAACAGCUCAGAGCGAAGCGGCAGUCUCUCAGGUGGGAAGGGAGGAAAGAAGAAAAAAACAAAGGCUGGAUCCAAAAACACUAAAGCCAAUGGGUCCAGCUGGGCCAAUGUCCCCCUCCCUCCUCCCCCUGUUCAUCCUCUCCCUGGCACAGAGAUGGAGCAUUAUUCCAAUGAGCACCAUGACGGAGGAGGAGGAUAUGAGAGUGAUGGUUGGGGCCCUGCCAUGCCUGUGCAGACCUAUCUUCAUCAGGGGAUGGAAGAUGAGCUGGAGGAGGAGGAGGAGAGGGUUCCCACCCCACCCAUCCGAGGAGUUGCCUCUUCCCCAGCAGCUGUGUCUUUCGGGCAGCAAUCCACGGCCACUCUCACACCUUCUCCUCGAGACGAGAUGCAGCCCAUGCUCCAAGCCCAUUUGGACGAACUGACAAGAGUUUACCAGCUGGACAUGGCAAAACAGACAUGGCACAUGCAAGGAGGAUCUCUCCCUCCACAAGCUCCAGCUCCUCCAGUGGGUUACGUGUCAAGCACAAUGGUUUCUGACCAGGAGACUGACCUGCCAGAUGAGGAGGAGGAAGACGAAGAGGAGGAGGAUGAAGGCUAUGGAGCCAGGCAUCCCCGUGGUAUUGAGCACACACCUGGGUCAAGUAUGGACAACCUGGACAGCUCUUUAACAGGGUCCAUGGUGAAUGGGUGGGGCUCGGCCUCGGAGGAUGACCGUUAUUUCUCCAGCCAUAGGUCCAGUUUGGGCAGUUCCUCCGAUGGCUCCAUCUUUACCCACUGUAGCUUUGCCCAGGCCCUAGUGGCCGCUGCAGACAAGGCAGGCUACCAUCUGGAGGGCACAAGCCUCAGCAAGAGAGGUAAAGGCUUUUCCCACAGACCCCGGCCCAGCAGUCCAUUCUCAACAGAUGGCAGCACAGUCGGCACACACAGCUUGGGCCACCAGAGAGCCACCAGGCCCACACGCAAACCCCGAAGCCAGGGCACCGCACCCCACCGGAGGGAUGCUGGUGCAGACGACCUACCUCCUCCACCUGAGCCUCCGCCCUGCCAGGGUCAGACCCGCAUUCAGGGGGCCCGUAGUGUUAGCAACAUAGUACCCAUCACAGAUAGAAAGGCUGCUUCUCUGGAGCGCCCACCAAUGUCAGGACCCCUGUGUGUCUCAGAUGACAUGAAGAACUCCAUUGACAGACAGACACGGACUUCUCUGGACCACCAUCGUCAGGCUCAAGAAAGACUGGGAUCCGUGGAGCGGUCUGAUGAGGGGCGCAGGGGACACAGAACAGAGGAGAGCUGCCUGCCAUACAGUAAACCAUCCUUCCCCUCCCCUGGUGGACACAGCUCCUCUGGCACGACCUCCUCCAAGGGCUCGACGGGGCCGCGCAAGACUGACGGGCCACGACAGCCGCAGCAGUGGACUGCAGUGGAACACGCUGAAUUCCUGGGGACCAAUGGACAGUACGCUGGGGAAUUAUAGUUUGCUCCCUGGGUAGUGAGCUGAAGAAACCUCAGUCUGUCCACAAAAAAAAAAAAAAAAA